UACGGGUGUAUUUCUUUAAGAUUCGUAUGAUGGUCCGGAUUGGGGUAGAGAGAGGAAAAGAAAUGGGCCGUGGAACGAACGAAGCAGAGACUAUUCUGAUAGUAUGGAGGAGGACAACGAUGACUUUGCCCCGGGGUAUCGUAGAGAUCGGCUAAGUGGGUACGAGGAAGUGGGAAGCUGUAUCGCUGAAAAUGAACAGCACUCGAAGGGAGAAGUGGUGGGUGAAUCUGGUUCAGAGCUUGAUGAUGCUGGAUCGAAGGCGAGCUCAAACAAUACCAGGAAGGAUGUUCCCACGGAAGUGGAUGCCGAUGAGAACAAAGGGGCAGAAGAAGUGUUGGCUUCGAAUUCAGAAGCUGGAGGAGUUAAGAGUGGUAAGCAUGAUGCGUUAGUAGAGGAAAAGAUUUCCACGGAAGAGUACUCAACCGUGAAGCCUGAUGGAGUCGAGGAAGGUGUUUCCUCUCUCAGCAAUGAUGGUAGUGAUCUAUUGAAGCUCAGUGGUUUUCCAAAAGUGCCAACACGACCGCGGUCAUCACUGUCACAUAAAGGUCCUACAGAUGACCAUUGCCUCAGUACUGAUGGUGGAAACAAGAUUGAAGUUGUUCCUAAAGGAGAUUUUGAGAUGGUUAUAGAUGAUGUUCCAACUGAUGGCUUCUUAAAAGAAUCGCAUGUGGAUCACUCUGACCAUUUGAAAUAUGAAGAACAAGCUAAUUCUGGUGAUGUUGAUAUCAAAUCCUCUAAAGAAACAAUAGAGUCUCCCUGUGAGCCACAGAUGAACCUCCUGCAUUCAACAUCAUCUGCUAUGAUGGUAGAUGUAGGGAAGGAGGAUAAGUUUGCUAACCAUGUGAGUCAAGAGGAGGAACACGAGAAACAAAUUAACUCAUCUUCGCCUACUGCAUCUCAGCAAAAUCAAUUCUCUCAGCUUGAUGGUUCUAGACAAACUCAGGCUAGCCUGUUCAUGGAGAUGCCACCUCAGAGUGAAGAAAUGGAGGCAAUCGAUCAAUCGAUCAAAAGUUGA